GGUAUGUCAUCGGAGUUGUAUAAGGUGUACGCAUGUACCAAUGGCAAAUUUAGCCUGGAACUUCCUCGAAUGGUGGCCUCUGCUGUCGCUGGUGGCGCUACAUGUGUCCAGUUGCGGUUGAAAGACGUGAGUACUGGUGAUUACGUGAGGAUGGCGAAGGAGACUAAGAGGCUUAUGCCCCGGCAUGUCCCGCUCAUCAUUGACGAUCGAGUUGAUGUCUGUAUGGCUAGUGGUGCUGAUGGUGUUCAUGUUGGUGACACGGACAUGACUGUGAAGGAUGCCCGUUCCAUCAUUGGUCCUAAUAAGAUCCUCGGAGUAUCAACCUAUGGCCGUCGAGUAGAUGCUAUCGCUGCCAUUGAGGAUGGUGCUGAUUACAUUGCCACUGGUGCUGUCUAUCCAACGGUUACCAAGCCUGGGGCAGUUCCUAAGGGAUUAGAUCAGAUAGACGUCCUCAAGGAAGCAUUGAAGACGACUGGGAAGACUCUGCCUAUAGUGGCGAUCGGAGGCAUUAGCCCUGUCACAGCAAUAGACUGUGUACAGAGAGGCGCCGAUGGUGUAUGCGCUGUGAGCCAAAUCUUCGACUCUUGGGAAUCGCCCGAGUCACGCGCUAGGAAGUUUCUCAAAUCAUAUUGUUCUGGCAUGGAGAUAAGGUCGAAGCUGAGCACCCAUAAGCGCUACAACAAUGAUAUGGUGACAAGCCUGUGGGGACAGUUGGGCAAGGUUAACCCUCUCACUCAAUGUAUCACCAACUACGUCUCGAUGAACUUCACGGCGAAUUCCCUCUUGGCUGCGGGUGCCUCCCCAGCCAUGGUUCAUGCUGAGGAGGAAGCUCCCCAGUUCUUGGAAAUGGCCGCUGCCCUUAACGUUAAUAUCGGCACUCUGUCAAGCAACUGGGUAGAGUCGAUGAGGCUUUGUGCGAAGAAGGCCAUGGAGAUCGGCAAGCCGUGGGUAUUGGACCCAGUCGCUGCUGGAGCAACAGCAUUCAGGACGGGUGUCGCUACCGAACUGCUUGCUUACAAGCCCACUGUGCUGAGAGGGAAUGGUGGGGAGAUCCUGGCUCUGGCUGGGGAGACUGGUGCAGUGAAGGGUGUUGAUUCGACGAUAGGCAGCGAUGCAGCGUUGGAAGCCGCUAAACAUAUUGCCAGGAAGUUUGGCACGGUCGUGUGCAUCUCUGGUGCGACGGACUUCGUCACGGAUGGCAAAAGAGUUAUUGAGAUCUGCCAUGAUGUUCCAAUGCUCCCCACUGUUACGGCUACUGGCUGUACUCUCAGUGCCCUCAUGACCUCCUUCUGCGCUGUUGCCAAGAACCCACUCGAUGCUGCCGUAGCGGCUUGCGCGGGAUGGUCCUUAGCUGCUCAAGAGGCAUCGGUGACUGCGGAGGGCCCCGGCAGUCUAGCUCUUAAGAUGCUCAACAUUCUCCCCAGGCUUAGGGAUCCGGCUUGGCCAGCAUGGAGAAGACUUGCCAUUUUUGAACAUAAUUGUCAAUAG